AAACAUGGAACUUCUUCUUUUGAUGUUUGCUUUUAUUCAAUCUGCAGAUGGGCUAUGCAGUGGAUCGGAUCCCAAAUUCCUUCCCAGAACAGGAUACUACCUUCAAAACCAUGUUUCUUUUGGGUUAUUAGCGGAUAGCGAAACUGCAUGUCGCAUCAAGUGUUACAUUGUUGACAAUUGUAUGUCAUAUAACUACCAUUCAAGUAGUAGAUCCUGUGAAAUCAAUGAUUCUGAUGGCAUUCAGUACCCACAGGACCUCAUUUCAAAACAUGGAUACAUCUAUGUUGGUACUAAGAACGAUUGCAUGAAAAAACCAUGCCCGUCCACCGCUGUUUGUACCGCCCAUGUCAGAAGUCAAGGUUAUAAGUGUUCGACAUGCGUUUGCCAAAAAGCAAAUCCUUGUAAGGAAGAUCAGUCUGUUGGGAUGCAGAACAAGAAUCUUCCAAAUGAAUACCUUAAUGCUUCAUCUGAGUACAAUUCCAAUCAUGCUGCACAUCGGGGGAGACUAGAAGAAAUCSCAGAAGGUAAUCUCGCAGGUGGAUGGUCCGCAGAMAAAAAUAACCARAAUCAAUGGCUGCARGUCAAUUUAGGAAAGAUUGCCAAGGUUGUCCGUAUUGCAACUCAAGGAAGAAGUAGUGAACAAUACAACCAGUGGGUAAAAACCUACUAUAUCACUAGUAGUCGCCAUGGUGAUCAAUUUAACAAAUAUGGAGGAGGAAGAAACUUUCAGGGAAAUUCAGACAGAAACACAAUUGUCUCUCAUCUCAUUAGUCCAGCCAUUAUUGCAAGAUACGUACGAGUCCAUCCAGUUACCUGGCAUAUUCAUAUCUCCAUGAGAAUAGAGCUCUAUGAAUGCAAGGAAGCUUUCGAUAAAUGA